AUGUUUCCACACAUCAUUAGCCCUUUGAUUGUGAAUGCCCCAAUGUAUGGCACUGCGACUGCUGCCCUGGCAGCCGCUGUCACCAAAGCUGGUGGAUUCGGAUUUAUUGGCGGAGGGUUCGAUUUUACCUCGUCUAGUGCGCAACUCAGCUCUCUCGAAGAACAGUUGGUGAAGGCAAGGGAACUCCUCGGACUGAAAACACUCCCAGAGAGCAAUGGGAAGGCUACCGAUAGUCUUCCGAUUGGAGUCGGCUUUCUUACAUUCCACAAUGGCGAUGCUAGUGGACUCAUCCCUCUAAUUCGCCGACACCGCCCAGCGGCCGUCUGGCUCUUUGCGCAAGCACACAACCAGCAUGCAAGUCUCAUAAAAGAUAUAAAAUUAGCCGGUGAUCAAUGGAAUAUGAAGGUAUUUGUCCAAAUAGGCUCCGUACAAUCUGCUAUAGAGGCUGCAAAUGAUGGAGCAGACGUCAUUGUGGUCCAAGGGGCGGAUGCCGGCGGCCAUCAGUUUACGAGCAACUCUAGUAUUGUUGCACUACUCCCAGAGGUCAUUGAUGUGAUAGAGAAUUUGCAUAAAGAGGUAUCCAUCCUCGCGGCGGGAGGGAUUAUGGAUGGACGCGGCAUUGCUGCAGCUCUAGCACUCGGGGCGAGUGGUGUUGUUAUGGGCACUAGAUUCGCUGCCACAUUAGAAUCAGAAGCUUCGCAAGCGACCAAGUCGGUAUUGGUUUCAACCCAGGAUGGUGGUAUUUCAACAGUCAAAUCUGUUAUCCAUGAUUCACUACAGGGCCGCGGUGACUUGUGGCCUGUACCCUACGAUGGACGAGCUGUGAUUUGUGACCCUUACAAAAAGGUUCUGGCUGGAAAACUGUCAGUUGAGCAGGCAACCGACUUGCAAAAAAAGGCAGCGAGUGAAGGUAACACGUCGGGUAUGGUUGUUUGGGCGGGGGCUGGGGUAGGAUUGAUUCGGGACAUUGAGAGUGCAGGGGCUGUCGUGGAAAGGUCUCGUGCAGAGACAAUCAGAAUUUUGAAGUAUUUAUCGAAGUUCUAG